ACAAUGGAGUCCCCACUUUUAUUUCCGCAAUAGUUAAUUGUCUCACACCGAAAAAAAAUAAACAGUGAGCCCCUAACCCAAACAAGCGAAAUAGCUUUAACUCUCAAUUUGGGGAAUAUAAAUUGGAUUCAAAAAUCCCACCCUUUUAAUUUCAAUAUAACUUUGGAUCUAUACCACAAAAUUAAUUCAUAAAGGUUAAAUAUGGCUGGUUUAUUCGACAUCGAAGGCCAUUUGGUGUUCUACAGAUCUUACCAUUUCAAUCCUACCAACGUUGCUAUACAUUUGGUGUGCAUACCAAUCAUAUUGCUUUCAAUUAUUACCAUUUUACUUCCCCACGAUGUUAUUGGUUUAGAUAAUCCUUAUGUUAAUUUUGGUUCAUUGAUGGCAUUUGGAUAUGGAUUUUACUAUAUUUUACUCGAUUGGACUUUAGGAGUUCCAAGUUUCUUAUUUUUAUCAGCUUAUGCUUAUCUUGUUAAGAGUUUUUAUUUGACUUUAGAUGAUUCGUCUAUUUUAACUCAAACUCAAUUCAUCAAUUAUGCCAUUGUUGCUCAUGUUGGAAGUUGGCUUGCCCAAUUCUAUGGUCAUGGUGUUCAUGAAAAGAGAGCUCCAGCUUUAAUUGAUAAUUUAUUACAAGCUUUAGUUUUAGCACCAUUCUUUGUGGUUUAUGAAAUUGCCUUUGCUUCAGGUUUUAAGACAGAUUUACAAAAGACUAUGAAUAACAAGGCUGGUGUACUUGCAAGAGAUUUCAAAUUAAAAGAUGCUCAAAAGAGUAAAUAAGAGCCAUAAAUGGCCUGACCAAUAUGAGAUUAUAUAUUAUGUUUACUUAUGAUUAGUUAUGAUUAUUUAUGAUUUUUAAGAUAUGUUUCAAAUCUUGAUUUAACUUCAUCUUCCUCGAUGUUUGUACCUUGUAAUUGAUUUCCAAUAGUUAACCAUCCUGGUCUCGUGUUAUGAUCUCUACCAAAGAUUUCUAAUUUACGGGAAUGAACACCAACCAUUCUCUCAACUACAUCAUAAAUUUC